AUGGCGCGCGCGAGAGAGAUCGAAGCCGUGCAGCCCGUCGUCGCCUACUACUGCAACUACCACUCGCUCACGAAAGCAAUCGAGUUGCGCGACGCCGCCGACACUUCCGCCAACCGCUUUGUCACGGGUCUCCUGGAGAAGUGCGAAACCGCCAAAUCGGCCCUGCCCCCCGGUGACAAAGACUCACACCGCGCCGCCGUGAUCGAGUUUGCCCUCACCGUCUUCGACCGCGCCGAUACGGACGAUCGCAACGAGCUCGCCACAAAGGACACCGCCCUCACUUUCUACGCGGCCAUGUGUUUCCUCGAGGUCUGCUCCGUGUUUGGUCCCUUGAGCCCCGAGCUCGACGAGCGUCUGCGCUACGCGAAAUGGAAGGCCGCCGAUAUUACAAAGGCCCUCAAGGAGGGGCGCAAGCCCAUGCCGGGCGCCCCCGGUGAGGCCGAGGCCCGCGAGAAGGCGGAGCGCGAGAAAGCCGCUGCGGAGGCUGAGAUGGGCCCCACCCCGCCCCCUGAAAUCCAGGAACGCGCCUUCCAGCCAGCGCAGGACACAAGUGGCGUCCCGCCCGCCCCGCCAGUGUACGAGUACGAAUCGCCUGCCGAGCCGCUCUACCCGCAGAGCAAGCCCCAUACGGAUUUUCCGCCCGUCGCCCCAAAGUACCCGUCUAGCGACGCGCCUUCGCCGUUGCCUGCGAUCAGAAAAACGCCCCCACAAGCACCCGCGUUGGAUCUCAAUACCGUGAAAGGCCCCCGUUCGCUGGAUAUCGGCGGCCUGCCGCCUCCCUCGCUUGAUAUCGCGGCCGUUCCCAACGUGCCCUCCAUGAAUAUUCCCACCACUGAGCAACCUGAAGUAAGCGCCUUUUCGAGCCCCAGCUUUUAUGAAUCAAUCAAACAAAUCGAGUCCUCCCUCCCGCCCGGUAAAGAGCAAACUCGCGGCAUGCCGGUGCCACCGCCGGAGGAGGAGACAUCACCAACUGCGGUAUCUCCGCCCAUGCCAGUAUCGCAGCCGCGCGCGACUAUGCCGCCGCCAAAGCCCGCCCCAGCGCCGAUGCCGUCCAAGCCAGCUGUACCGGAGCCUGCGCCAGUGCCACCGCCGGUUGUUCCCGUGGCGCCGCGUGCUGUGGCCGCGGCGCCGCCAGCCGUUGCCAUCGACCCCAACUUUCGACCAUCAAUAAAGCAGACACAGGAAGCGCAGCGGCUGGCCAAGUACGCGGCAAGCGCAUUGGACUUUCAAGACGUGAAGACGGCAGUACAAAACAUGGAGAGAGCACUGGGUCUCCUGCGUGGCUCGAUACAAUAGGCUAUUGAUGAUGACCGACUAGAGGGUUGCCGAACAAGCAACUACUGAUAGUGUGUAAAACAACUGCCAGAUCGCCAACAGUACAUUCAAGACUCAUUUGAACGCACCUCGGUGUUGGCUAAUGCCGAUUCUAUGCGUUGCAAGUAUUGCAACUCGGCCGCACGUGCAGACGCUUGACUCAGGUCGGCGGCCUCGAAUGCAUAUGCGAGAUCGGCAAGGCAUCUGGCAGUAGCCUCGUUCAUCUGGUUUCUCAUGUCGUCAAUUUUUCGGACAUCACUUGACGCCUCGAGAAUGGCCUCGCGUGUCUCGACAACCCAAGAUAGAAAGGCGGGGUCCAACGGGGGCGGCUGUCCCUCGCCCCGUAUAUGCAGUAAAUGUUUUGCCCGCGUUGCAGGUUUUCGCAACGUGGAGUA